CUAUCUACAAUCAUUCUGGACCAGUCUUAUUUCGGCUGUUCGGACACAGCGGCUCCUCCAUCCACCAAUUCCCGCGGCGAAUGUCUGGUCGCGAAAGCCGCAUCGAAAAACCACGACGUCGACUGGCGCCGAUCCAAGAACUAAUCCCGGGUCCACAUCUCUCUCUCGAUGUUACAUCUCUCUCAUGUCUUUUUGGGCAAUGGCAAUCUCGGGCACGCAUCCCUUUUUCCGACCCUUCACGAUGUUCCUGUGAUAUUUUCGUUUCUGGGGUUUGAUUUUUCCUCCGCUUGCCUAAUGUCUUCCUCUGGAUAAGUCCUGCUCUCAGCCCCUGUCAUAAAGCAGAUAUUUUGUUCUCUCUCUCCUUCUUGGUUUGUGCAUUUUUGUGGGCGUGUAUCAUCAGGGAAUUGUUCUUCUUCUUUCCGUGGGAGCUUUUAUCCUUGCCCUGUUGUAAUGGUUGUGAUUGAGGCAUUACAUCGAACAGUUUAAAAGCCGAAAGAUGUUGGGGUUGUGUGCGGAUGUUGUGCUGUUUCUGGUCCCUGUUUGGAUUGCUUUUCUUGUUGGGGUUGUCAUCGGAUGGGCAUGGAAGCCCAAAUGGGCGAGCUUGGGGAGGGUCGAAUUGAGUUGUUCGGUCCUGGGACAGUCCGAUUCUUCCUUCCCUUUCUUGCCAUCGAAAUCGGUGAUGUCUCCGUUGAAGGGAUUUGGGUCGGACCCAUGCUUGAAUUCAUUCAAGGUGCAGUGGCCGAGUUUCGAUUUCCGUAGUACAGAUGCUGCGGCCACAAAGCAGAAACCGACAUCUCAAUCACCUGCCCUGUUUGAGGAUUGCAGCACAUCAGAGGCCGCGGAAAUAUCCACUUUGUUGUCAGAGGAGGAUUUGACGCAGUUAUGGCAACUUGUUGAGAUGAAAGAUGGAGGUCCUCCUUGGGUACAUAUGAUGGAUCGUUACACGUUGAGUAUGAACUACCAAGCCUGGAGGCGAGAUCCCAAAACUGGCCCUCCUCAAUAUCGCAGCCGAACCGUGUUCGAGGAUGCAACACCUGAGAUGGUGAGGGAUUUCUUCUGGGAUGACGACUUUCGGUCAAAGUGGGAUGAUAUGCUUGCCUAUUCAGCAACUGUAGGUGAUUGUCCCUCCACAGGAACCAUGGUUGUCCAUUGGAUUAGGAAGUUCCCCUUUUUCUGCAGUGAUCGUGAAUAUAUCAUCGGGCGCCGAAUAUGGGAAUCCGAGAGGUCAUAUUAUUGUGUGACCAAGGGCGUACAAUACCCUUCCAUCCCUAGGCGCAACAAACCAAGGCGUGUGGACUUGUAUUAUUCAAGUUGGUGUAUUCGAGCAGUCGAGUCAAGAAAGAAUGAUGGGCAGCGGACAGCAUGUGAGGUCUUGCUCUUCCAUUACGAAGACAUGGGCAUCCCAAACGAGAUUGCAAAGCUCGGGAUAAGGCAGGGGAUGUGGGGAGCGGUCAAGAAGAUCGAACCCGGCUUGCGCUCCUACCAGAAAGCUAGAGCUUCCGGGGCGCCGCUCUCGCGACCCGCCAACAUGGCACAGAUCAACAUGAAGAUUAGCCCCGAGUUUGUCAAGACUUUGGAAGAGUCUGACGAUGCAUCCGAAGUCGGUAAAGCUGAUGCAGUGGAGAAGCCAAAGGGCGGUGGUAAUCUACCGAAGGUUCUAUUCAUUGGCGGGAUCCUCGUCUUUGCAUUUAGUCUCAACCACGGGCUCCUGACUAAAGCGGCUAUAUUUAGCGUCGCCCAAAAGUUUGGGAGCUUGAGAAAGAGGAGGCCAGAGGUCAGACACUAAGAUCUGAUGGUAUGAACACUUUUCAGCUGCCAUUUUUCCCUCUUCUCAGCAGGAAGAUGCAAUUCGGUUUCGUUGAAGCCUAGCAUGAGGCUUAGACGUUUGGAAAUUGAUAGCAAAAGUUAGGAUGAUAUACAGUUUAAUGUUGUAAAUCACAGGUAGUUCCUCCAUACCAGCACUGCUGUUGUAAAUCACACACGGUUCCGCCAUAUAAGCACUCUGAAUUCAUAAUGGGAAAGUACUACUAAGUUGUAUCCAU